AUGUCCGCCGCGCCUUCCUCUACUUCUCAGUACUCUCCGCGUACUCCUAGAUACCCCCUCACCCCAGACGGCCGGCUUAGUAGCGACUGGGUGACUUUCUCGCUCCCCUCUUCGUCCGGUACUCUCCGCUGCUGCUUUCACUCCUCCCAGCUCCACGCUGUCCACCCGUUGGCAUGUGAGAGGGUGCAAGUCGGUCCUACCAUCAUGCUGCUCUACCCAUCAAGAUCCCUCGCCUUCUCCUCGCUCUCCGCGCUUCUCUCCUUCCGCUCCUGGCAGUUCCCGCGUGGACUCCUCGCGCUAACCACCACCCGUCAGCCCUUCUCCUCCGCAGCCUCCGCCGCUUCCGUGGGUCGCUCUCCGGAAACCUGUCUCCCACGUGGGGGGGGACAGUCGCCGUUAGCCCAGUCCCUGCCGACUGCUACGGAGUAUGGCAGAGCAGCUGUCAGCGACGGUCGCGCAGUCAAUACUAGAGAAAGACAUGGUCCGAGGAGGGCGGACAAUGGUAGCCACUUCACCUCGGGUCUCGAUUCGUCUCGUGCCGGCCUUUCCGAAGAGAAAGCCCUUGACGUAACGACCACCGCUAACGGAGUCCAUAACGGGGUGAGUCGAGAAGACUUUAACGAAUCUGUAAACGGCGCUACUAACGAAGCUCCUAGCGAUGUCGACACUUUCCGCGCCGCCCCAGUGGACAUUAACAGGGAGACCCGACCCAGACGAUUCGACGAGGUAAUUGGACAGGAUAAUACGGUGACGCUUCUCAAAGCUGCAGUGGCUGGUAAUCAAGUCGUUUCGACGUACCUCUUCUAUGGCCCGUACGGUACGGGGAAAACCUCCGCUGCUCGCAUCCUUGCUUCCGCAGUCAACUGCUCCACGCGGAAGCCUGGCGACGGGAACCCGUGCGGCGGGGAGUGCGCGCACUGCCGCGCCGUGGCGGACGGGACGAGCGAGCACGUGGUGGAGAUCGACGCGGCGAGCAACCGCGGCGUGGCGGUCGCGAGGAAGAUCGUAAAGAAGACCGCGGAGAAGGAGGCGCCGCCGACCAUGCCGCCGACCACGCCGCCGACAACGCAGGGCACGCGUAUUGUUCACAUUCUUGACGAGUGCCACAUGCUUACGAGAGAAGCUUGGGCCACGUUGCUGGAUACGCUGGAAAAGCCUGUGGGCGACCCCGUGUUCAUCCUCGUUACCACCGACCCGGAGCAGUUGCCGCGCAACAUCGUCUCGCGCUGCCAAGAGCUCGAGUUCUCGGCCGUGCCCAAUGACGUCAUGGUGAAUGACCUGCGGAGAAUCGCGCGGAUGAAGCGGUGGGAGGCCUCUGAUGACGGGCUGCGCGCGAUUGCGGAGGAGGCGGCGGGGUCGAUGCGCGACGCGAAGAAGGUUCUGCAGCAGCUGAGCCUCCUGAAAAAGCGGAUCACGGGAGACCUGGUGCUCGAUCAUUUCAAGCGGUUGCCACAGUGGAAGGCGGAGGCGAUGCUGGUGCACGCGCUGAGCGACGCACAGCCAACGGAGCUGGCGGAGGCGGCCAAGGACCUGGAGCGCAGGGGCGUGGCGUUCCCGCAGGUGCUGCGCCAGCUUAGGGAUGCCGCCACUGACGCGCUCACGCAAAAGCGCACCAAUCGACAGCUCGAUUUCAUAGCCGCAACUGGAGAGGGCCGGUCGCUGCUGCAGGCAGCGGUGAAGGAGUUAAGAGAGGCAGAGAAGCAGCAGAAAGAGGAACCGACCAACAUCAAGCUGUUUACAUCAUUGCUCGUGGAGCUGCCUCUUCUCUUAAAGACAUACCCCUACUCCUUCCAGAUUUCAGCCGCAUCCGACUCCGCUUCCUCCUCUCCUUCGCCCCCCUUACAACCCGCCUCCUCUCUCAUGGCACCAGCGGAAACUUCUUUCUCCCCGCCCUCUCAACCCUACUUCCCGUCGCCGGCUGCAUACAAGUCGAGUGGUGAACGUUUGACCCCACACCCGGACGCCAGCCAUCCCGGGGCUGCACGGGCGGAGGGGGAGUGGGGGGAGCUGGCGAGGAGAGCCACGGCGGAGAUGACGCCCCACCAGCGCUCCCUGUUCACUCAACAAGCCUGCAUCGUUGCUGUCACCGAUACGUCUGACACUGAUACCACUGUCACGCUGAGCUUCCUCCAGGCGUGGAUAAAAAAGCUCAACGAUGGGAGGCGCAAGACAAUCAUUCCCGGCUUCACUGAAGCCUUCUCAAAGGUCCUCCGCAGCCGCGUGACCAUACAGCUGGUGGACAAAGAGUCCCUGGGGGCUGCUACGGAUGCACCCAGUGCGGAGGACCUAGCAGCCGCGGCCUCUGCAUCUGCUGCUGCUGCUGCUGCUGCUAAGUCUGGCACAGUCCUUAAGGGGGCUGGAAGGAAUGUGCCAGAGGAGAGACGCAGAGUGAGGGAGGGUGUCAGUCAGUCGGUACCUGAGGAGGAGGGGAGAGGGUUGGUGGUAGCGAGAUCGCAACGAGACAAAGGCAAAGGAGCUAGGAAGAACAAUCAAGCAAGCGAGGCGGUGCCUAAUCACUCGUUCCAGCCCCCGCCGCCCCCGCCUGCUGCGCAGAGCUACCCUCAGCUCGCCCAGUUGCAAGCAGUUGCUGCGAAGGCCGCUGCUGCUAGAAGAUCAGCGGACAUGCGGAAGAACCAGAGGCGAGCAGCCCAGCAGGCGCCAAGGGUAGCGUCUCUGCCGCUGCCGGCAGUUGUAACUCUAGGAGCAGCAGGUGCUCAUGCUUCCUAUGAUCGGAGUGACCAUGUCACGACAGAGGCAGGUUCCGGGUUGUUGGAAUCAGGUGGGCCGGAGGUAGAGCGUGGCCGUGGUGCUGCUGAUGGCUGGGACUCGAACGACGUUUUGAGUCAUGGUCCUUCACAGGUGAAUGCUGUGCAUUUGUCUGUGCCUGCGAAAGCUGGCUCCAGCGCAGCUUCCAGUUCCAGCAGCAGCAGCAGCGGCGGCGGUGUCAAUGAUAUCUCGACAGAAGUGGUGGGGCAUGGAACGGAGUUGCCAUCACCAGAGCCGGUGGAUUCUGGAAUCACAGAAGCAGGUCAGCCAGGAACUUCUACACCUGAUGAAGAAACAGGAACUGCCAUUCUUGGUGGUGGUGAGGCUGAUGGUGGGUUGACAGUGGGGAGUGUGAGCCAUGAAUAUGACCCAUCGAUCAAUGAUGUGCAGCUGGGACUUAAUUCUGUUUCGGAAGUCGAGGAGGCGCCAGGAGGCGUUAUUGUGGGGAGCCAUGAGGGUGAUGCAGAUGUGGAGGGCCCUCCAGGGGGCGCUCUUGUGAAUGGGGUUGUGAACGGUCAUGCGGUGGAGGAUACUGUGCGUGAUGGUUUUCUGGAAGCCAGUGUGGGCCAUGGCAUCAUGGAUGGGGGCCUGCUAGGGUUUGUUGCACAAGGAGAGGAUCUUAUCGCAGAUAUCGAACGCGCUUCUGACGCCGUCCCUGUUGUUGCUCCUGCUGCUUUGGUUGACGCUCCUGCUGCUUCUUUGGCGGACGGUCCUGCUGUUUCUUUGGCGGACGGUCCUGCUGUUGCUUUGGCGGACGGUCCUGCUGUUGCUUUGGCGGACGGUCCUGCUGUUGCUUUGGCAGACGGUCCUGCUGUUGCUUUGGCGGACGGUCCUGCUGUUGCUUUGGCGGACGCUGAAGCCAUGGCUAACAUUGGCAUUAUGGACGGAGCGUACUUCGUAUCUAGGUCUGACAUCUUAGCAUGGAUCAAUACGACCCUUCAGCUGAAUAUCACUAAAGUCGAAGAGGCAGCUUCGGGGGCUAUCCACUGCCAGCUUAUGGACGCUAUCUAUCCGAAUGUCGUCCCUAUGCAUAAAGUCAACUACGAUGCGAAGAAUGAGUACGAAAUGAUUCAGAAUUACAAGGUCCUUCAGGAUGUUUUCGACAAACUGAAGAUAGCAAAGCACAUCGAGGUGAACAAGCUUGUGAAAGGGCGGCCAUUGGACAACCUUGAGUUCAUGCAGUGGAUGAAGCGUUAUUGCGAUACCAUUAGCAAGGGAGUCAUCGAUCCUGGUUACAAUCCUGUGGAGCGCCGCAACUCUUCUAAGGGUGGGAAGGAGAUGUUGAGGAAGUUUCCUCAACCUGCUGCCUCUCGGCCUCGCGCGCAACCCCGUGCGCAGCCGGUUAUGAGCAAGUCAGCGACAGGAACUGCAAGGUCAACUGCCACCCGGACCUCUGCUGGAUCGAACACAUCUGAUUACCAGCUGUAUGACAAGCAAGUCCAGGAGCUCCGAGAACAGAUUUCCGAGCACAAGAUGACUAUUGACAGCCUUGAGAAGGAACGGGAUUUUUAUUUCACGAAGCUCAGGGAUAUCGAACUUCUCUGCCAAACGCCUGGUCAUGCUACGUUACCGAACGCUGCCGUGCUGAAGAUUCUCUACGCAACAGAAGACGCGGAAGACACUUUGGAUCAGGCGCGCGCUCUUUUGCACGGAAAUGGCGAGGCAGAAGCAGAAGUUGACAACGAGCAGGAACCUGCUGAUGUGGAAGAGGCUGAGGAAGAGCCCCAAGAUGAGGAAGUGUUCUUGGAUGGGUCGAGCGACGUAACUACCCCCAUGGCAACAGUGGAAGUUCAGUGA